GAAAUAUUAAUCAUCUGCCAAACAAGCAGAAAACCAAAACUAAGAACUCCCAAAGAAUCUCUGCUUCUUUGGCUUCCAAGAAUCCCAUUCCUCUCCUUUCCUUUCCUUUCCAAUCCGAUGCAAUCUUUCCAUCCAAAAACAAAGCAUGGGACAAGAGGGAAUUGCUUUCCUCUAUGAGCUUUGAAUUCCCCACCUCAAGGGGAGGACAUAGUCCAACUUGGAUAUUGUCUUUGCUUCUGGUUUUCCUUUCAAUAUGGUCCAAAGAAAGGUGCCAAACAAGCUUGGAAUCCAAGCUGAUCAUGAUAAAUUCGAGAAGCGGUUAUCGAACCUGAAGACUUCUUCUCAGUUCCAAGAUGGGAAACACAGAGGAGCUGAUUUGAAGAAGAUGAUGAAGAAAUCUAGAUCAAUCAAGCUUUCAGAUGUUGAGAGCUUGAGAUCAUCACCUUUGGGGAAGAACUCAUCUCAGCCAGGAAAGCCGCCACCGCCGGCUCUCAAUGUUCCAAACACUGCGGCUUCCCCUCAGAAGCAGCCCCUGGCCAAAACAACUUAUGGCUCGCCAAACUACAUGAAGCCCACCAGCUGUUCUCAUGCAAGGAAGGAGCAGUCACAGGUUAGUCUUCGAAGUUCUCCGCCAAUAUUUUCAGAUAGUAAGAACCAGAACCAAAAAAAUUCGGGCAGUUCAAAGCUUAGCUCUGCUUCUAGUAAACCUGAAAGAAGUUUAGCAAGGACAUCUAGUUUGAAGCUUGCGAGAACUUUAAUAAGGUCCCCUAGUUUUAAGCCGGCAAGAGCUCCGGCGAGAAAAUCUUCCAGGGUUGCUCUUUGUGCAGAUGUUAAUGUUCAGAGAGCAACUUGUUCUUCAACACUGAAGGAUACAAAGUUUCCGGAUUAUCUGAUGAUUAGUCCUGGGGGAACUGAAGCUGAGGGAACUUCAGUCAUGGAGGUUUGCCCGUAUACGUACUGUUCCCUUAAUGGACAUCGUCAUUCACCUGUGCCACCAUUGAAGAGUUUCUUGUCUGCGAGAAGACGUUCAUUGAAGACCCAGAAGAUGAUGAAAUUGCAAGCUCAAAGUCCACGUGGAGCAAAGCGAUGUAAUGAUGGAGUAAAAGAAAUUGAUUUCCAGCAGAUGUUUGAUGAGAAUGACAAAACAGCUGAGAAAGAAGCUGAUUUGGAUUUCUUUGUUGAAAUCUAUGCUACAAACAAGGAAGAUGACACCGAGGCAAUUGGAAGGAAAGCCGGAGCUGAUUUUGUAGGAGAACAAGAUGGUUACGAGGGUCCUGUGUUUCCAAAUUCUGCAAGUGAUGAAACAGAAACAGUAGAUUAUGCCAACAACCUAGUUGUGGAGAACCUGUCGGAUAGAUCACAGCAUUCUGAGAGUGAAUCUGAGGCAGAAAGCUUUCGCGAAUUUCCUGAAGAUCGAAAAGAAGAAGCAAAUGAAGACUACGGAUCACAGUCCGAUCAAGAGGAAAAUUCCACUGGAAGCUGCUCGAACGAGAGCAACUCUGAAGACCUUUCAAGCACUGAAAUGGAGGAUGCAACGGGAGCCCUGAUAAAGGGAAUUCAGAAACAGAUCAAAACGUUCCAAGUGGUGACUUUGGCUUCAAUAGAGCAAAUUGGUGAUGUGAAACCAUCACCGGAGAUUCAGCUUUCUGAUUUGGUGCACGAUGCUUCUGAAGCUGAUGAAGAUGCUGUCAAGGUUGACGAUUAUGAAAAUUACAUGAAGACUGAACCUCUCCAGCUUAAUGACAUUGCUGAAGAUGGUAACCUGUCCAAUGGGAAGUACAAGAAGCCUAUAACUUCAAGUUCCAAUGAAUCUGAGGAUCAGAGUGAUUUAAGGCUGAAAAAAUCAGGUAUCUCCAAUAGCAACACAGGACAACCUGACAAUGUGGAAGUGAAAAACAAUUCAGAGCCAGAAGCCACAAAAAAAUUCAACACGGCCAAUAAUAGCAUUAGCCCUGGGAUGAAGAGAAAAAUUUCCGAGGCAGCAAGCAACUUCGACCAAGAGCUUCCCAACACCUACAACUACUGGAAAAGAAUCAAAUGCAAGAGACUUAGCAUGGAUGAGGAGGAGCAAAGGAAGUUCAAUCCAAGAGAACCAAAUUACCUACCUUUGGUUCCUGACCCCGAAGCAGAAAAGGUUGACCUCAGGCAUCAGAUUAUUGAUGAAAAGAAAAAUGCAGAUGAAUGGAUGCUUGACUUUGCACUCCAGCAGGCUGUCACGAAACUUGCUCCAGCAAGGAAGAAGAAGGUUGCACUGCUUGUUGCAGCUUUUGAAACGGUCAUGCCAGCUCCCAAAGUGGAAAAACAUCUCAGGCAUACCUCCGCAGCCUUCAGUCAUGCAAGACCUAUGCAAGCUUGUAGUUGAUGAUAGUUAUUGAGGUGAAAAGUCUGCAAUAUUGAUAUUAAGUUACUGAAGCAAAAGCACAAGAACAUAGAAGAGCUACAUUUCCAGCAGAACACGACUCACCGUUUCUUGGAUCCUGUCAGAACUUCUGAAGAGGAAGGAGGCAGCUUCAUGCAGUGACGAUUCUUGAGUAGUUUCUCCUAGCUCAGUGGAUGUAGUGCUAGUGUACUUUGAUUAAUAAUAAUAUGUAAUGGCAGAUUAAUGUUAUAUGUUGUGAGUUGCUACCAUCUUUCCUUUGCUGUUGUACGAGGCACUGGUCUCCAAAACAAUAUAUAUGGUUGUUUGCUUAAUAUGCA